AUGGCAACCAAAAACCAAGAAGCAUCAAUAAAAAGCCUAGAGAGGCAGAUUGGGCAAAUCUCCAAGCAAAUCUCUAUUGAGAAACCUUCAAGCCCACUGCCCAGUGACACAAUCCCAAAUCCCAAGGAGGAAUACAAAGCAAUACAAUUAAGGAGUGGAAGAACAUUGAUGAGCAAUAAUGACACCACAAAGAAGCAAACAGAGAGCAUCAAAGAACCAACAGAGGAUGAGAAGCAAACAAAAGCAGAUCAAGCUAAGGAGCAAGUUGUGGUGCCAAACAAAAACACUGAGAAACUCAAAGAGCAGGACAACCAAUCUCAUAGCUCAAAGGAAAUGACUCAGGGACAGCAGCACAUAGGAAAAAGCAUCACACCUCCAUUGCCAUAUCCUCAGAGAUUCAACAAAGAGGUUAAGGACCAAUAUUUCCACAAGUUCCUUGAAACCUUCAAGAAGCUGGAAAUUAACAUUCCUUUAGCUGAAGCCCUUGAACAAAUGCCUCUGGCCUUGAUUCAAAAGGGGCUUCCUCCCAAGCUUGAGGACCCAGGGAGCUUCCUGUUGCCAUGUACCAUUGGGGAAUUGACCAUCACUAAAGCAAUGUGUGAUCUCGGAGCAAGUAUUAACUUAAUACCAUCCUCCCUGGUGAAAAAGUUGCACAUAAAGGAAGUCAAACCAGUGCAAAUGUCUCUGGAGCUGGUAGAUAAGUCAAUAGUGCACCCUAGAGGUGUAGUUGAAAAUCUGUUGGUUAAGGUGGAUAGCUUCAUAUAUCCUGCUGACUUUGUGGUUCUAGAGUCAGACAAGGAUGAUGGUGACUCUGUUAUACUAGGAAGGCCAUUCUUGGCCACUGCUAGAGCCAUCAUAGACAUAGAGAAAGGGGAGUUAACUCUCAGGAUGCAUGAUCAGAGUGUCACUCUGAAGGCCUUACCAGAGGCACAGUUUAGUGAAAAGAAGAAAGACUGUAUGGAAAUUGAUAAGGGAGGACCACAGCUGAAGGAAAAGAAUGGCAAGGAAAGUCCCAGCAACACCCCAAGGCCAAGGAUUGUGCCAAUUAAUGAAGAAGCCCAAGAAGAUAUUGGAAUAUUAGCCACUGAGAAGAGAGGGAACUAA